GAGCGCAUGUAUGCGCUCCGAGAGGCUUUCGCUAAGCGCGCUGUGCAGCACCUGCACGUCGUGCGCGUGGUGUCGAAAGUGAUACGGAGAGCGCCGCUUGCUGCGCGGCUCGGCGCUUAUGCACGACGCGUAUCGCGAAGUUGAAAGAAAAAGCAAAUUUCUCCAAUUAGCCAACGGUGCAUGCGACUGGAGCCAGCUACAGCGUAUACGGGUCGGGCGGCCCAGACACGCGGGCCCGGAUGAGUCCGGAAAUACGCUACUUUGGCAAAACUGACAGGCCUCCGCUGGCUUUCGAAGGUUCUCCAACGCAGUCUUCCAGCCCUCUAGACUACCGGUGCCACGCGAGCCCAACGCGACCGAGCCCGUCUCCGCGCGAAGCUAUGGGACUGUCUGACCGGGGCGACCCGCCGUGCGCCAACGAAGGGCCCGAGCUGCCGCCGGCCGCCGUGCAAGCCUCUCCCAGGGCUGACUUGCUCUUCCACCGUACCGCCUCUUCGCCGUCCGGACACGUGUCUCGACUGGGUGGCCCCGACGAAGUCACCUCGGCUGAUCGCUCUACGGCGACCAGGCAUCCCGCGCACAGUUCACCCUCGAGCCAGCACCACCAGUCUCAGCAGCAGCAGCAGCAACACCACCAUCAGCGACCUGCGCUCCAGUCACAGCAGCAACAGCACCACGGUUCUUCCGGAAGACCUCCGAUGGUGAUGCGAGCCGACAGCCCCCAAGAGAUGAGCGACGAUUUUCCGAAGCGAAAGCAGCGACGCUACCGAACCACCUUCACCAGCUACCAGCUGGAGGAACUGGAGAAGGCCUUCGCCAGGACUCACUACCCGGAUGUCUUUACCAGGUAG